AUGUUUUCAUCCAAGUUGCCCACAGACUUAUUCGAAGGAGAUACAAACUCUGAAAGGUUCCUCGCUGAACUUCAGACCAACUCCAAGCAUACCAUUCCUGAGCAGCCAUACAAAUGCGGAAUAGAAACCAAUCCGACCAAAAAGCAAUACCCUUGGAAGGCCUCACUUUCCUACAAUCACCUCAACUCAACCAGACCUAUUUGUCAAGCCAUCCUUAUAAGUCCAUCCCACCUCAUAACACCUGCCCAUUGCGUUACGUCUAUGAAAGCAGGAACCGCAGUUCCAAGUGAUUCAUUGUUGGUUCAUCUUGGAAAGGAAGAUCAGGUGAAGCUAUCAGACGUGGUUGUCCAUCCAGGAUACCAAGCUGGGUUCCUGGAUCAUGAUUUGGCACUAUUGAAGACAACUGCUCCCUUGGAGGUAACGGACCAUGUGAGACCGAUUUGUUUAUUCGAAAGUGAAGUUAGAGAAAGACGUGACCUGGCGUUUCUGGUUGGGAACGAGAUCGGGAAAGGAGACACCGUUGCAGAAGAGAAUGUGGAAGCUGCAGCAUUCAGAAUCGACAGAGGGGAAUGUGAGCAGAUGAAUCCGAAGUUGAAGGGUGUUUUGGGAGAAAACACCUAUUGUGUUUCGUAUCUACCAGAUAACGAACAUUGUGUCGGGAGUUCUGGAGACGGACUCAUCUCUUCCAAAGAAGGGAGGUCCAUUCUCAGAGGUGUGGUGCCACUAGGACUUUUACUACAGGGUGAGAAAGAAUGCAAGGAGAACAGUGUUAGCGUUGUGACUGAUGUUGCUAAGUACAAGAAAUGGAUCUACCGGAUUAUAUAUCAGUAACAACAGGCUUAAUUCGUUUUAUAAAUUCACCACUUGAUCAGCUGAUUUGUGGAAACGGUUGUGAUAACUGAUUAUAUAUUAUUUUCAUAAUGUAUCUAUAUAUGAUCUGUCUAUAACGUCCGAUUUUUUGAAAAAUAGAUGGAAAGUUAUGUACUUUCUGAGUACGUUAUUGUCAUUUGUCACAUUUGAUUGUAAUUCAUCAUUGUGCUAAUGUUCUACAAAAUUAUAGAUACAUAUCGAA